UCUAGCUUAACUGUUGUAAGUCAAAUUUUAGUAGUUUCUUAUACCUUUUGAAUAAUAUUGCUUCGGUUAUUUUGCGUUGAUCAUGCAGCAUUUGUUAUCCCUGUGUCAGAUUUUGCUUGGACAAGUGUGUUUUAUUUCAGGUAUGGUGUCCCAUAUAUCAACCAUAUUUCGGGCUGGUGAUGUUACGUUUCUUUGGACCCCUUCACCCAAUGAUUCGUUUUACGAUAUCAAGAUUACCAGAGACAAAACAGAAGAUAGUGACUGGAUUCGUGUACAAGAAACAAAAUAUACAGUUAGAAAUUCAUUGUUGUAUGAUGUCAUCAAAAUCAAUUUCAAAACAUAUGGUUCAAUGAAAGAAAGCACUAUGAUAUAUAAAGUUUCUAAGGCUCAAAUCCAGAUCCGAGACCCGGUGAAUAUUUCGUGGACUGCUGCGUUCUUUCCAAUAACUGGUCAAUAUAACGUUUACCAUACAUACAAGGUUAAUAAAACUAUUUUCCAAUUACAAAAUGAAGGAAUUUUAUAUGGUGGCCAUAACGUAUCGAAUAAGUAUAGAUACAUCACCAGACCAUACAACUCCGUCAACAUUUCAUUUGAGAUAAGACACACAACUGUUGACGAUGCCGGAUAUUACGCCGGUGGCCCAACAGCCGAUUCUGCGUGGUCAGGUGGUGGAGUUGUGCUGAUUGUUUCCGGUAAACCUAUGAGGCCAAACAUUGAAGGAAACUUGAGCAUAAUGGUAGAAACAUUUUCCAACAUUACUUGUUCCAGUAAAUCAACCUCAGCUCCGGACUACUACUCCAAGCUAAUGACUUUGACCUACACAUGGUUCGUCAACGACACAGAGAUUGAAGGAGAAACCAAUCAAACUUUAAGUUUAAAGGUCACUAAAGGUCAAGUGUACAACAGAUACUCGUGUGCAGCGACUGAAAAAGAUCUGGUGUCUGAUCGGAGUAAUACAGUACAAAUAAAUCCUCUGUGUAAGGCUUGAAACUAUGCUUAGUAUAAGGAACAGCCAGUAAGGUUAUGUUAUAUAUUAACUGUUAAAUUGAAUUGUUUUUAGUUUAUAUUUACAUCUACCA